AUGUCCUCGUCUUCGGUUAAAGAUACCCAGACCCUGGAUAAGAACGGCCAAGAAAUCACUAGCGUUGGCUUCCAACGCUUUGGGUUUGACUGCGAGGUGGCCCUUGACGCCCUCCGAUCACUGUAUCUUCGAUCGCACUAUGUAGUCUCAGUUUCUGAGUCCCAGGUUCAGGAGCUAGACGCUAAGGAAGAGGAAGGACGCGGGUAUUUGACGCAGGGCCCCAAUGCCUACCAGUCCAAGUCAAUCUUCCAUCCAGACACACAGUCGAUCUCGUACACGACCCUUUCUCGCUUCGCCCCAGUUAAGCUUUUACCUCCCUCAUCAAGGAAGCGCGUUCUCGUCACUGGGGGUGCUGGUUUCGUUGGUUCUCACCUUGUCGAUCGUCUCAUGCUCUUGGGCCAUGAGGUUACCGUCCUGGAUAACUUCUUCACUGGUUCAAAGACCACCGUGAGUCACUGGGUUGGUCACCCAAACUUUGAAUUGGUCCGUCACGAUGUUGUAGAGCCCUUCAUGAUCGAGUGUGAUCAAAUAUAUCACCUUGCUUGUCCCGCGUCUCCUCCGCACUAUCAAUUCAAUGCAGUCAAAACCAUCAAGACUUCUUUCAUAGGCACGCUAAACAUGCUCGGCUUAGCCAAGCGCACGAAGGCUAGGUUUCUCAUUAGCAGUACAUCCGAAGUGUAUGGCGACCCUGAAGUUCAUCCUCAGCCAGAAGACUACUGGGGUCAUGUCAACCCGAUAGGCCCCCGCGCCUGCUAUGAUGAGGGUAAACGUGUUGCAGAAACUCUCACAUAUGGCUUCCAUCAUCAAGAUGGCGUGGAUGUUCGGGUCGCGCGUAUUUUUAACACUUACGUGAACCCUCACGACGGCCGUGUGGUGUCCAACUUUAUCGUCCAAGCCCUGCGUGGCGAGGAUAUGACCGUUUAUGGUGACGGCAAGCAGACUCGUUCCUUCCAGUACAUCCACGACCUCAUCGACGGUCUGAUUGCCCUGAUGAACUCUGAUGAAACGCGCCCAGUCAACAUUGGUAACGGUGAUGAAUUCACUAUUGGUGAAUUCGCAGAACUCGUUCGCGAGAUCGUAGAGAAAGUGCAAAAAGAAGAUGGAAUCAAACUCGAGCGCCGCGUGCAGAUUGUUUAUAAGCCAAUCCCGACUGAUGAUCCUCAGAAGAGGCGCCCUGACACGACCAGGGCAAAGAAUAGCCUAGGAUGGCAACCCCGUUGGUCGGUGCGGAUGGGCUUGGAGGAGAUGGUCCGAUACUAUAAGGCUAAGAUGUUGGAAGGGAGCAUGUAA